AUGUUCGCAUGCUGCUUGACAUGGUUGCUAUACGGCCGCUUCAACGAGAUGCCGACUCGCAUCACGAUCGAAAACCAGUACGAGUCUCUCACCACCCUACCUUUCCCGGCCAUCGCUAUCUGCUCUCCUAAUCAGAUGACCUUGAGCUCUAUGAUGCACUUCAACAAGACCUUAAUCGAUGGUAAUGCUACAGUGAACCUGGAAAAAGCUCUUCCCCAACUUUGGGUUUCUACUCGAGUGUCCCGACUAUUGAUGAUGAAGAGUUAUCGCGUCUCCAGCGGCUCAUCGACGAAAACAGAUACACAGUACCUGAGGUGAUGGGGCUAAUGCCGCAAAGCUGCGACAACUUCCUGAAGCUUUGCAUCUUCAAGCGCAAAAGGCGUCCGUGCCGUGAACUGUUCCGCCCCAUCCUUACCAAGCAGGGGCUGUGUUGCGGAUUCAACA